GUAUACGGUUUGAAACUGGCGGCUGCUCGCUUUCCGUAGCGUGACGCGCUUGCUGUUGGCGGGCCCUUUUGUAAACAUCAACAGAAACAUGGAGGAGUCCGAGAAGAGCGGGGAAUCUUUCUCAGCUAAAGGUAGUGUGGAUAAAGUGGACGAAAGUGGUUCGUCUCGUCGGAAUGACUCGGUUAAGUCAUCGCAAUCUAAACCGAGACUCAAGCUCUUCGGUAAAGUGAUGGAGAAGAGUCUGCAGUGGCUGCUGGACAACGCCAGUUUCGACAGGUUUUCCCACUGUUUCCAGCCUCUGUCAAAGCAGAACCCUCAGCUGACUGAAGCCAUGCACAAACAGUUCAUCAGCCAGCUGCAGACUUUAGUUCAGAGAGAAAUCUCCACUGUGAUUGAGGAGGGCGACCUGCAGGUGAAGUUUGAAGAGCUGGACAGACUGGAGGAGCUUGCUAAAGACACACCACGAGCUGCUUGGCGUCCGAGUGGCGUUCCAGAGCAGGAUGUGUGCAGUGGUUUAGUGUCGUAUUAUAAGAAGCAGGAGGAGUACAUGCGGAUACAGCUGAAGAAGCUCCAGAAGGAGAACGCAGGUCUUGCUCAGAAGGUGCAGGCCGGCCGAGAGAACAUCACACACACAGAGCAGCACAUUGCCGCAGGAGUGGAAGAAUGGAGGGCAUCACUUGAAGAUCUGGAAGCUUUUGUCUCGACUCUUUCCCCAUCUGAACACUUUGGGUCUCUCUAACAUCCACGGUCAUUUCUUGGAUUUGGUGAAGCCUGAAUAUAAUUUUACUGUGCAUCUGCAAGGUUUAUUUUGUGUUAUAAUAUGUCUUUAAUAUGUGUACUCUUCAUUAAACAGCUCU